AUGGUACAAUCUAGUCAGGAUCGAGACCAGGAGAAAGCUCUGACUCAUUCUUCACCCUCUAAUAGUGACACGAGGGAGGCUGAAGAAGUCAAUAGCGAUACAAUGGCGAAUAAUGAUUCCAAUCCUGACAUUACUCUUAGAAGUAAUAAUCCCUUUUUAAAUGCUGAUAGUACGGAAACACCACAACUGUAUACAUAUACUUCAAUUAACUCUGAGGAACUAAAAAAAUAUCCGUUUAAAACGUUAAAUCGAAUUUUAGAUGAUAUUCAUUGGACUAUACCUUACAAGUUACAAUGCCCAGACAUUAGCAAUUCGAGUCUUUUAAAUAGAAAGGCAAUUGAUUAUUCACACGAAUUAGCCAGGAUUGCAAGUCUGAACUCACGGUUGACGAGAUACGAGAUGUUGAUACUUAGUAAUGCGUUGGAAUAUUCACCCUCGAUUGAGAGAAUUAUAAAUGAGGAUAGAAAUCAGACAUUAACGUUAAUCCGUGGGUUGAUUGUUAAUGAGAAUGAUGUUAACCACUUCAGACUUUCUAUUCUUGAAAAUGACUUGGGUCAACCCAUUACGCAAGUUAUUGAUAAACACGAAUAUCACGUAAUACCAAAGCAACUAUUAUCGCAGGAUGAUUUGGAUUUUCUUUUAAGCAAGACCGAUACCCCCAAAUUUCCAGAAAAUUUAAUAGAUGAUGCAUACUUCAAGAGUCUUAAUAGUCCAAAUAACCAUAUACUACGGGUUUCUAUCUUUUCGCCGGAAUUUUCAAAUGAUGAUCUUUUUCCAUUGCAUGACCAAGAGAGUAUAAAGAAGAGGUAUUUAAAUGAAAUUGAGAAACAUCCAGAUUCGAACUUGUCUCCAGAAACAAUCCCAACAUCUGUUCAUUGCUUUAAGACCUUGAUAAAAGUGUUGAAAGGUCCAAUACUUCUUCCGCCAGGUCAAUCUAUAAAGACAAUUAAUGUUAAUAAUUCUUCGUUGAACUCCCAAAUUGAUUUGCAAUUAUUGUUUAAUAAACUCUCGUUCAAAGUCAGUGAAAAUGAAUUGAUUCCACCGGAUGUGGUAUCUAAUCCAUAUUUACGCGAAUCAUAUAUCAGGAAGAUUCAGGAGAUAAUUUACAUUGCAAGAAUAUAUGGAACACAACCCAAUGAAUUCAAUUCGGUUUAUACUUUCAGUGACAGUUUGUCAUUGGUCUACCGUACAUUCAAUGAAUUUGACAAACAUAUGUGCCAAACAUUUGGAAGAGGUCACGAUUCCAACCAAUUGCCAUUCUGUAUUAACCUUAACAUUUGUACUUUUUUCCAGGACGAACUUAUAAUUAAGUGUUUUGAAAACACAAUUAAGUCCGAUCCAUCGAAUAAAUUGCACUAUGUCGAUUCCUUAAAAAAUGUGAUUAACUAUAGAACAAAUCUGACUUCAUCCAGUGGAAAAUUAAGGGCGUACUACACGAAUCUUUCACAAAAAGGUGAAUUGAUUGGCUUUAGUGAUUAUGAAAUUGCUCUAAAGGCGUUAGGUAUUGAAACAGGUGCCGCUGAUAGUAACCGAAUAGAUGAUGACUUCAUAAUUGCGAUGUAUACAACUUCGUAUAAGAACGAUCCAAAGAAUUACGCCUACUUUAAUAAUCUUUUAAGAACAAUUGGAAAGGUUAGAAACAGUGAAACGAUUAAUGGGUUUUUGAAAAAGGAGAUCAUUCCUCUAAACUUAGCUAUCGAUGAGCUAAAUAUCGAAGAACUCACAGAAGAUGAAGUUGUGAUUACAGCAUAUGAAUUUAAGAUGGAUGAUACAUUAACAUCUAAUGGGUUCAAUACCAACUCAAACGAAAUAACGUUUUUGAAUAAAGCUUUGCUUUCAGUCGCAUUUCAUAGAAAGAGCUACUUAUUAAUGAACUAUAUUGAAGUUAAAUUGCCAAAUAUUUUGGGGGUCGGUACUCAUUACUCGUUUGCAGAUUCUUUGGAAGUGAUUGAUUGUGAAUUAACUGCAAAUGACUUUGAAAUUAUUACUAAAUUCCAAAAUAAACUAAUGAACUUGACUGACGCUGGUGAUAUUAGAGUUUUAAGACAAUGUCUCAAAACAAUUGCUAAGGAAAGAAAAUCAAAAAUUUUGUCUAGCUUCUUAGCUACAGGUAAAAUUGACUCUUCAUUACUACCUGCAGAAAAUUGGCCGGCUGGUUUGGAUAAUAUUGGUAAUACAUGUUAUUUGAAUUCAUUAUUACAAUAUUAUUUUUGUCUUAAGCCAUUAAGGGAUAUGAUUUUGGCUUUUGAUGAACGAAAUAUUGAUCAAUCAAAACAAAAGAAUCGUAAAAUUGGCGGUAGAAAGGUAGAAGAUACAGAAAUUCAAAGAUCGAACCAAUUCAUCUACCAUUGA